AUGCCUUCACUCCAACACUUGAAGAGGCUGACAUGCAUUCGACCCGAGAAACAAGUCGCUUGUCAGUUCGACAUCGACAUUGAUGGGCACCACGAGACCAAAAUAUAUACCACGGGCUCCACGGUCCAGGGUAGUGUUAGACUCACAACCCAACACCAAACCACCUUUCAAUCCAUCCAAGUCAGUUUUAGAGGCACGAGUUCAACUCGCCAAGUCUCUCAAUAUGGGCAGCCCUCCAGAAGCCAUACUUUUCUGAACAUCCAAAUACCCAUGUCUGAUGAAACCUUGCCGUCUGAUCGUAUCCUAAGAGCUGGGAAAUCUUACAACAUUCCCUUUCUGUUUAAGAUCCCCCAGGAUCUCUCUUUGCAUGCAUGCAAUCAUCGAAGCCCGGUAGUUAGAGAACGCCACCUAGUUCCACCUCCGAGCCUCGGCUCAUGGACAAAGAAUGAUUUUACGGAUGGCUCUACGUCUAUCGAAUAUGUUAUUCAAGCGAGACUCCUACUCGGUACGGAAGGAAAACUUGUUGAUCAGAAUGUCUCUCUCAAAGUCAUUCCUAUUUUUCCUGAGCAACCACCCAUUGAUGUUGCUUCCCUGAACACACAAUACUGCUUGUCUCAGACAAAGACAAUAAGACGGAACUUGGUCGGGGCCAAAGAAGGAACCUUGAAAGUUUCAACCACUCAACCUCGGCCAGUUGUCCUUCAUCUGGGUCACCUUCAGACAUCAGACUCUGAACUAGCGAUCAAUCUUGAAUACGCGCCAUCGUCGUCAGGAUCUACACCACCCGAAAUACGUGUCAAAGGAGCCGCCAUCGAGGCUAUUACCAGCUUUUGGACAGGACCCGUAGGCUAUCUGCCCGACCACGACGAGACGCUACCCAGUGCCAUCUGUCCAGUAGCUCCAUGGACAAACUCGUACCCCCUACCUCUACGAGGGCUAGGAGCGGUAAAAUGGGAGAAGGUUCUGGAUUUCGGUUCUCAGGCGGAAUCGGAGAGAAGAGCCUCGGAGCCUAUCCCAAUCACACGAAACCAUCCUAGCAAACAGAGUCCAUCAUAUACAACAGCGAGUUCUAUCGAUAUCCCUUACAAUCAGCCGGAGCUACCUACAUAUAAGGCUACUUUGACACAACCUUUCUCGCUCCCGACAGAGAAAUUACUAUUCCUUCCCACUUUCCACUCAUGUAUGGUUAGCAGAAGCUACCGGAUUCGAAUCACCUUUGCUGCGAGGGCUCAAGGCAGUACGAUGUCUCUUAUCGUACCAUUGCAGAUCACAAGCGAAGGGCGUGCCACCACUAACAGUCCUAGACUGCCCCUUUACUACGACGAUGAAUAUGAGCCAGUGGGCGAUUCACCUCCUCCAUAUAGGAAAUGA